AGGAUGUGACGUAGGAGGACAAGCCAGGGUCAACAACAUGGCUGCGCCCAUGGAAUGAAGUGCAGCGAUUUUCGAUGGCAGCAUGGCGCUUGGGGUGAUCAGUAUCGUGCGAGGCUCCUGUCAUUGACAAGCGUCCCAGGCUGUGCAUUCUAGGACCAGAUUUCGGUAUGAAUUGCCAAAAAUCAUUAAAGAUGCUGCCGAGCCUCCAUCGCAUGGUCACCGCGCGGCCCGUGACACUGAACAGUGGCCUCUGCCGGGGACUGUGGUCAUUGGAAAGUGCAUUCAUGCAGAAGAGAUCCUAUGCGCCCUCUAUUGAAAGAAAGAGGUUCUAUGAAAAUGUCAGCAUCUCUCAGGGUGAAGGAGGAUUUGAGAUUAACCUGGAUCAAAGGAAGUUAAGGACCCCCCAGGGGAAGAUCUUCACUGUCCCAAGUGAACCCUUAGCAACAGCUGUGGCGGCGGAGUGGGACGUCCAGCGCGAGACGAUCAAAUUCUUCACAAUGCAUCUGACCACUCUGUGUAACACGGCCCUGGAUAACCCCACACAGAAGAGUAAGGAGGCGCUGAUUGCGGCCUCGCUGAAGUUCCUCGACACAGAUACUGUAUGUUACAGAGUAGAGGAUCCGCCCGCACUGGUAGAGCUACAGACAAACGAAUGGGACUCUGUACUGAAGUGGGCAGAAAAUAGGUACGACGUUGAGAUCAGCUCUUCCACCAGCAUCAUGGGUCCGGUUAUUCCAGAUCACACCAAACAGGUGUUUCAUCGGCAUCUGGCCUCCCACAACUCCUGGUCAUUGCUAGGCAUCGAGUUUAUGGUGUCGCAGCUGAAAUCAUUCGUACUCGCCAUGGGCCUUUUAGACCGAUACCUGACUGUGCAGAAGGCCGUGCUGCUGUCCCGCCUGGAGGAGGAGUAUCAGAUCCAGCGCUGGGGUAACGUGGAGUGGGCUCACGACUAUGAGCUGCAGGAGUUGCAGGCUCGCACGGCCGCAGGAACCUUGUUCGUCCAUCUCUGUUCAUCAAGCUCCAGUAUUAAACACAAGCUCCUGCAGGACUGACCCCCACCGAGAUCCGCAGUGACAGACGGACAACCUCGACUAUCAGAAUUAUCAUCCUAACUUAUCACGUAUCAGACACCAAAAGCCCCCCAAAAAUGUUCCAGUUAGUCUACCGUUUUGUGUACACAGCCCCUAGACAGAACGCUGGGGCAGAUUUCCUAAUCCUGUAGAUGGUAUCCGGACCUGCACAGUCCCCUCUGGCCGGACGAUGAAGGUGGGGCAGGGAUAGGCUCUUGGCUGGCUUAGUUCGAGACAGAAUUGUGGCACUGACUAUUGCAUAUUAGACCACACCCCUUUCCCACAAAGCCACACCCUUCCCG